UAAAAAUGCAUUUAGUUGUAUGUUUACCAGUGUUUGGACCCGCAUCACCUCUAUUGGCCGAUCUGGUCACAUGGUUCGCUAACUUUAUUCAGUUGACACCAAGUAGGAGGGCUUUAUGGAGGGAGGAAAAAAGACAACUCGAGAAAAAUUAGUAUUUUCUACCUUCAGAAAUUAAUGGCCAUGAGUUCGUAUAUGGUGAACUCUAAGUAUGUGGAUCCCAAAUUUCCUCCCUGCGAGGAAUAUUCACAGAAUAACUAUAUACCUGAGCAGGGCUCCGACUACUACAGUCCAUCUCAGGACACAGACUUUCAGCAUCCAGGGAUCUACCCACGGUCAAACUACACGGAGCAACCCUUCAGCUGCAACACUGUGCAGGACUCCACAGUGCAACCACGGGGUCAUGGGCACGAGAGAGCCAGCCACCCGAGCCAUUUUAGCGCACAGACUGAGCAGGGGACUCCGGUCCAAGUGGCCGGACCCCGGACUUGUGGACAGCAGCAAAACACAAAGAGCCAAAAUGGGAUACAAGCCAAGCAGCCAGCAGUAGUUUACCCCUGGAUGAAGAAAGUUCACGUAACUACUGUGAACCCGGAUUACACGGGAUCUGAACCCAAGCGGUCCAGAACAGCUUACACCCGGCAGCAGGUUCUGGAGCUAGAAAAGGAGUUUCAUUUUAACAGGUAUCUGACCAGGCGGCGGCGGAUUGAGAUUGCCCACACUCUUUGUCUCUCCGAAAGGCAGAUUAAAAUCUGGUUUCAAAACAGACGGAUGAAAUGGAAGAAAGAUCACAAACUACCCAACACCAAGGGGAGAUCUGCACCAGUCUCCAACCAUCUGCAGAGCAUUCAGAAGGAUAACCUGACUGAUAUCACAGCAUUAUAAGAAAGGAAAGUGGUCCUGUCCUUAGAGAUUAACUGUAUAUAAAAAAGACAAAAGUUACAUCUGACUUUUGCAUGGACUGAUGUCGUUUCUAGCCAUUUUGUUUUUAAUUUAACAAACAUGACCCUCCAGCAUUGUUGCCUCGAGUCUGAGUGAGAAAAUCAAUCGGUCUUUAAAACCGAGAGGUUUGCAAGCUGAGCCUCUUCUGUGUUCAAAUUUCCUCAAAGAGACAGAAAAAACGUCGAAAUAAACUUUUCCUUCCCUCUUUUUCCGACGUUGCCCCUUCUGAGGAGACAUUUAUCAAGCAGCCUCGGCCGAUUCAGUGGAUUUAAACAAAGUGUCUCUGCUCUUCUCACGUGGAUUCAGCUGAUUUAAACAAUGAAAUAUCUUUGCUUAAAAACAAAACAGUGAGAUCAUUUCAAAUUACACGCACAUACACAAAAGUUAUUACAGCUUUCAGCACAGAAAUUAUUUUAGCCAACUGAAAAAUUCACAUUAAACGCACAAUAUAUAUAUAUAUAAAUGUAUACUUGAAGGAAAUAUUAUUUGCAUAUAGAGCACGCCAAACACUCCUCAACCUUUUUCAGAAAUCCCCGCUGAAUCUUUUGUGACUUGUAUGUUUUAACUUAUUUUGUACAAAAAAAGCUUUGAAAUUUUAAAAUUGUUAUUUCCCAAACACAAGACAUUCCUGUGUGCAUACUAUUCAGAGUGCCCUUAUAAAUCUUUCCUGACAUCUUUGUAAACAGUGUACAUUUUCAGAGGCUCUCUUGUGCCAUUUAAAACUCUCCUAUGAAAGAUCAUUUGUUCUUGCAUGGCAUCAAAUUGAUACUAGAUGUUUCCAAUCGGAAAUAAUCAAAUCCUGGAGAUUUAGCAGUAUUUUAUUUUUUAUUUUUCAGACGAUUUCUGCGUCAUUAUUUAUUUGUUUAAAAACGUGUAAAUUUUUUCGUAUAGCACACAAUUAAAUUAAAAGUAUUCGUUAAACCUUUAUUAUUCCGAAAUAUGUUUGAACUCUUGUGCGUUAUUAGCAUGGCCUUAUGCAAAGUUUUAGUCUUAGUUAACAUGGGAAUCUUCUAUUUUUUUUUUUUUUUUUCAUUCACAACCAAGCUAUCCAUGGGGCUCUUUCAGGUCAUGUUUCAAGACAGAUAUUUCUCGUUUUAUACCGUCUUUGUCCUCGGACAAAAAGCCAAGAAGCUCUCCCAGUAUGUGGAGGUCUCCUUUCUGAAGUCUUCUUGACGAGAGAGUUGAAAAGGUAUUUCAACCGAAGGUCGACAAAGCAGCAGUGGCAGGUUCAUCCAGGGGACACAUUUCAGCCGCAAGGACUGACCCCAGCACCCCUGACCCGCCGGACAGGCAGCAUUUCUCUCCCAGGCGCUGUUCGCUUUGCUUUGGAGGACUGUUCCACCCUCAAAAAAAAGAAAAAGAAAAAAGGCUAAAGCUGAUUCAAAGUAAGAGCCACUGAAUUCCUCGUUUUACACGUGUUUAAACAGUAUUUAUACCAGGCGAAGCCCCCGAAAAGGUUCUGAUUUGUGCGUUUGUCUCCUCAUGUCUAUAUGCAAUCUUUUCGUUUUUAUUUUUGUACAUGCUUUUUACCUUGUACGGUGCAUUGAGAUGUGAGAAGUAUAUUGAAUAAAAAAAAAUAAAG